CAUCGCUGGGGGCCGUCCCGCAGCGGAGCAGCGCCAUGGCUCCAGCGCUGGGGCUGGGGCUGCUCUUGGGGCUCCUGGGGCUCCUCUGGGACCCGGGGGGCGCGACGAAAGUUCUCCACUCCCUGCGUUACCUGGAUGUGGCGGUGUCAGAGCCCAGCCCGGAGAUCCCCCAGUACAUGUCCAUUGGGUACCUGGAUGGGAUCCCCUUUGAGCGCUAUGACAGCGAGCGGGGCCGGAUGGAGCCACUGACAGAGUGGGCAAAGGAGUCAGCUGAUCCAGAAUAUUGGGAUAGGAACACCCAGACCGGCGUGCAGAACCAGCACGUGGCUGCCUGGAACCUGCAGACAGUGCGGGACCGGUACAACCAGAGUGGGGGUCUCCACACAUGGCUACGAGUUGCUGGCUGUGACCUCCUGUCCAACGGGAGCGUCCGUGGAUCCCAGCGGCAUGGCUACGAUGGGCAGGAUUACAUCUCCUUUGACCUCGAAUCCAAGAGAUUCGUGGCGGCCGACAGCGCUGCUGAGGUCACCAGGAGGCGCUGGGAACAUGGGAACGUGGCUGAGAGGGAUACGAAUUACCUGGGGCACGUCUGCCCGGAAUGGCUCCAGAAAUACAUCAGAUAUGCACAGAAGGAGCUGGACCGCAAAGAGCCCCCUGAUGUCCAUGUGUCUGGAAAAGAGGAAUAUGGGAUGGUGAUCUUGUCCUGCCACGCGUACGGAUUCUACCCCAAAACCAUCGCAGUCAACUGGAUGAAGGGGGAUGAAAUCCGGGAUCAGGAGACGGAGUGGGGCGGGGUCGUUCCCAACAGCGACGGCACCUUCCACACCUGGGCCAGGAUCGAGGCGCGGCCGGAGGAGCGGGAGCAGUACCGGUGCCGGGUGGAGCAUCCCGGAAUGUUGGAGCCGGGGAUCUUUGCUUGGGAGCCGCCAUCUGGUGUGACUCUCACCGUGGUGAUUGCUCUGUCCGUCAUCGCUGCCAUCAUCAUCGUCGCUGCUGUCAUCGGAUUCAUCGUCUGGAAGCGCCAAUCCGGAGAGGACAGUGCUGGAUACAACAUGGCAGCUGCAAAUGAUGCGGAAGCAACGGCUUGAGUGCAGCAGCAAUCACCACCUAAGGGAUCCCUGGAGCUGGAUCUGGCCCCUUCCCUGUUCCCAGGAAAGCCAAGAGCUACCAGCAGAGCUCAUCUCACAGCUCCCACACACCCACAGCUCUUGCUAAUGGAUCAAUUUCCCAUUUUCCAGCAUUUUAAAGCCAAGAAUCACAAGUAUCACCAAUGCUUUAGUUCUGGUUUUAGAUUAUCCUGCUUUGGGCAAUAAAUCCUGCUUGGGGCAGUAAAUCCUGCUUGGGACAAUAAAUCCAUGUUCUUUCCUCCAA